AUGGGUUUCCUCAAAACAUGUCUCGACUUCCUCAGCCAUGCUGCUUUCACCUCGUUUUCUCCUUUCGACGCCCUCUUUUCACCUCAACAGCCUCUGUUCGUUCCUACUCCCCCCGCGACAUACAGCGCGGCCGACUUUGCAGGCGCCUACAGUCCACGGAUCGAUCCAGUUAGAGACUGUGUCUAUCCCGCUCUCAGAUACAAUGGGUACAAGCCAUGCAAUAAUGUCUCCAGGACAUGCUGGCAGAGACGUGUAAAGUUCAAAGACUACGACAUCAAUGAUGAUUACGAAGUUACAACCCCUUUUGGCAUAACACGAGAGUACUGGCUCACCGUCGACCAAGCUGACCUUAGGCCCGAUGGUCAACCCAAGAUCAACAGAGUAGCUCUGAACGGCACCUAUCCAGGGCCCAUCAUUGAGGCCUGCUGGGGUGAUAAGAUUGUCGUCCAUGUCAGAAACAAGUAUCGCGACAAUGGGACUACCAUCCACUGGCACGGCCUCCGUCAGCUUUACAGCAACGACAUGGACGGCGUCAACGGUGUCACUCAAUGUCCAAUCGCGUAUGGCGAGGAAUACACGUACGAGUUCCGAGCGAGGCAGUACGGACAUACCUGGUAUCACUCACAUUAUUCUCUUCAAUAUCCCGACGGCGUGGCUGGUCCACUCAUUAUUCACGGCCCAACUAGUGCCGAGUGGGAUAUUGACAAUGGUCCCAUCAUGGUCGCUGACUGGCUCUACAACACUUCGUUUGCCGCCUUCAACUGUGAGGCCUACGACUGCGGCAACGAGACCCCUCCCAAGGCCGAUAACAUUGUCGUUAACGGCAUCGGAGCCUUCAAACAAUCCAAUGGAAGAUGGACGAACAACUACUUCAAGACCAUGUUUAAACCAGGCAAAAAGCAUCUGCUCAGACUGAUCAACGGAUCUGCUGCAUCAAGCUUUGUUUUUUCCAUCGACAACCACACCAUGACUGUGAUAGCCAGUGACUUGGUCGCCAUCAAGCCUUACACCACAACCUCUCUUUUGCUGGGCAUUGAGCCCAGCCUCUACUGGAUGCGCACCACCCCCGCAGCCGGCUGCAGCGCCUUCCGCAAGAACCAAAAAGGCGAGUUCACCCAGGUCAAAGAAACAACCUCCUUCAUCGCCUACGAAGGCGCCCCCAAGCUCCCCUACCCCGACUCAACCUCGGUCAAGCACAAAGGCGUAAACGACACCUGCAUCGACGAAUCCCACAUCAGCCAAGACCGCCUCAUCCCCAUCGUCCCCUGGGAGGUGUCCGCCAAACCCAGCAACGACGUCUCCCAUGGGUCAUUCACGGCCGGGUAUGAAAAGAACGCCAACCCGGAUUUAUACCCCCAACUGCCCUUCAAACACUGGCUCCUAGCCAACGGCCCGACUUCCCAACCACUCUGGGUGAAUUUCAGUAUGCCGACCAUCCUCGACCCGUUUACCAACCCGCCGUUUUCUUCUAUCACCAGAUUCGAACAAUCCUACGGCUUCGUCUACCUAAUCGUAGACGGCUCCUUCCUCUUCAACCCAGACCCCAACUUCACCGCCAUCCCCACCGGGCACCCCAUCCACCUCCACGGCUCUGAUUUUGUAAUCCUCAACCAGGACUGGAAACCUUACGAUCCAGUCAACUCUCCCAGGGACUUUAAAUUCGAUAACCCUGCCAGACGGGAUACAGCGCUGUUGCCCAGUGGCGGGUAUCUUGCUCUGGCGUUUAAGCCGGAUAAUCCGGGGGCGUGGUUGAUGCAUUGCCAUAUUGCUUGGCAUGCUAGUUCUGGGCUGGCACUGCAGCUUGUGGUCAGGCCGAGGGAGAUACCCGAUUACAACGGGGAUUUGCUGCCCGUGCAGUUGGGGUGUGAGAGCUGGAGGAGGUGGGACAACAGGGAUCCGAUCGUGCAGACCGAUUCUGGGAUUUGA